CGUUACUACCAAAAACACUUUCCCAACGAAACCGUCGCGUAUAUAGCAAAAAAUUUGCAAAUAGAGAAAAGCACUUCAGCUACUACUGUCUACAGCUCAGCGAAGGAAAUUUGUGCUUGUCUGAGAAGCUGACAAUGGAUGUGAAAACGACGCCGCUGAGGUUCACUUUGGGGAAGCAGUCGUCGUUGGCGCCGGAGUGUGAAUGGGAGAAGCUCGUGGUGGGCGAGGGGGAGGAUGAUCCGGAGGGGAUCGAUCCCCGAGUGAAGCUCAUGUAUUUGGCCAAUGAAGCCGAUUUGGAUGGGGUCAAGGAGCUGUUGGACUCCGGGAUCGAUGUGAAUUUCAAGGACAUCGAUGAUCGGACGGCUCUCCAUGUCGCCGCGUGUCAGGGCCUCACCGACGUCGUUUUGCUACUGCUCGAGCGCGGAGCUGACGUUGACCCCAAAGACCGAUGGGGAAGCACCCCUCUUGCAGAUGCUAUAUACUAUAAGCAUAACGAUGUGAUCAAGCUUUUGGAGAAGCGUGGGGCAAAGCCUCUGAUGGCUCCCAUGCACGUUAGGUAUGCCAGAGAAGUCCCAGAAUAUGAAAUUGAUCCCAAAGAACUUGACUUUACCGACAGCGUUGAAAUAACCAAGGGAACAUACCGUAUAGCAUCCUGGCGAGGAAUACAGGUUGCUGUGAAAAGGCUGGGGGAGGAAGUGCUUAUUGAUGAGGAUAAAGUGAAGGCAUUCAGGGAUGAGCUUGAAUUUCUUCAAAAGAUACGACAUCCGAACGUAGUCCAAUUUUUGGGUGCAGUGACUCAAAGCAGUCCAAUGAUGAUUGUAACAGAAUAUUUGCCUAAGGGAGACCUUUGUGCAUUUUUGAAAAGAAAAGGAGCAUUACGGCCAACUACAGCUGUAAGAUUGGCACUUGAUAUUGCAAGGGGAAUGAGUUAUUUGCAUGAGAAUAAGCCAGAAGCAAUAAUUCAUCGUGAUCUUGAGCCAUCGAAUAUAUUGCGGGAUGAUUCCGGGCACCUGAAAGUUGCGGAUUUUGGAGUUAGCAAGUUGUUGACAGUUAAAGAGGAUAAACCUUUGAUUUGUCAAGACACUUCAUGUCGAUACAUAGCUCCUGAGGUUUCCAAGAAUGAAGAAUAUGAUACCAAAGUAGAUGUAUUCUCUUUUGCUCUAAUUCUACAAGAGAUGAUAGAAGGCUGCCCACCAUUUUCUGCCAAGAAAGAUAAGGAAGUUCCAAAAGCAUAUGUUGAAAAAGAGCGCCCACCUUUUAGAGCUCCACCAAAGCUUUAUGGACAUGGUCUGAGAGAGUUGAUUGAGGAGUGCUGGAAUGAGAAUCCAGCUAAAAGACCAGCUUUUAGGCAAAUAAUAUUGAGGCUGGAAUCUAUUCAUAACUCUCUUGGUCAUAAAAGGCGUUGGAAGGUUAGACCGUUGAAGUGCUUUCAAAACAUAGAAGCCAUGUUAAGGAAAGAUCACUCCGGUCGGGGCAGCAGAAGUCGUUCAUCACGUUCUACCAGCAGCAUAUAAAAUGGAAAUCUUUUCUGCAUUUGUCUUAACAGCCAGUAGAAGUUGCUAUUUCCAGCUUGGUGACAGAAAGAAAGUUAUCAAAGCAGCAGAGCAUGGUUGUUCCUUGCGUGUGUAAUUCACUAAUUAGUCCUUCAAUUUGAAUGCUUCCAAAUUUUUUUAGCUCUCCCUUUGAUAUCCUGGGCUGAGAAUCACCUCGUGUAUAAUAUGUUUUGCAUAUAAGUACAUUUUAUCUGUAAUCAUAAUAUUUGUUUCCAAUAAUUUUUUUUUCUUUGCAUCCCCGUGAGUCGCGUGAACUUCAUGCUGAUGCCGAACUUUUGAAUUUGUAAGAUAAAUCCUUGUAAACUGUAUGUAACCUUUGGAUGAAUGAUAUUGUUUGACUCGAUUUAGGUUGA